AUGGCUUCAUUGAAGAAGCUGUGCCUCUCGCUAAUUUCGCUAUUUCUCCUUGGACUUUGUGGGGCAGAGGACAAACUGAGCACCAAAGAAUGUGAAAAUUUAGGGUUCACGGGCCUCGCCCUUUGCUCUGAUUGCCACACUUUCGCUGAAUAUGUCAAAGAUCAAGAGCUGGUUUCUGAGUGUUUGAAGUGUUGUACUGAAGAUUCUGAUGCCACAAGCAAGGUUAUAUAUUCUAGUGCAAUUCUAGAGGUUUGCAUGAGGAAACUUGUGUUUUAUCCAGAAAUCGUCGGCUUCAUUGAGGAAGAAAAAGAUCAAUUCCCAACUGUUAAGGUUAAAUAUGCCUAUAAUUCACCACCAAAGUUGAUCAUGUUGGAUGAUGAUGGACAAGUGAAGGAAACAAUCCGAGUUGAUAACUGGAAACGAGAGCACAUACUGCAGUUUCUGAAGGAGAAAGUCAAACCUUCAUCUUCAGACAUAUGAGUAAGUAUAUCAUUAUUUUCUAAAUCUACAUAUUCAUGUACUACGAGGAACUCAAGCUGUGGAUAGGUGCUAUGGCGUUACUUGGUUAGUACAGAAGGUGACGAUGAAAUGCGACAAAGGUUAAGAAUUGUGUUACUCAAACGGCCUUUGUGGUUGAGUAAGCAUCAUAUGAACUCGACCAUUUGGUUUUGGUUUUGGACUUGAAUUGACAACAUACAUACGACCAUAGUAUAGUUCGAUCAAGUAUAAUGCAUCCUUGUUAUAAUGAUGUACUUUUCAGUCUUCUUGAAUAUCACACUUUUGAUCGGCCUACAUAUAUGCAAGUAAAUUGGAAGUUGUUUAGCACCGGGUUUGUUGUAUUUUUGCAAGUUCUAGAUAUUCAAAGGUUGAUUGGGAUAAGUUCUUUGUUGUACUGAUUCUUGUUCAUGUUUAACCUGAACUUGAUCAUGUUCGAGAUUAGAUAUUUGGAGGUUUCACUGUU